CCUAUACCUUCCCUCCUCACCUUAAUGACCCAUCCUCUUCCUGUAAUCCCACUCUUGAAAUCAGUAUCGAACAUCUGCUUUCAUGACUGUGCCCUUUCACCAGCACGAAACCCGCCCAGAACUGCUCAUUAGUCGAAACUCAGAUCUCCUUUCAGUCAUACUCCAAUGCCCGCGGGGAAGCGAAGAGUCUCCUCCCAGUCCCUCUCAUCUCACUCCAAUCUUCCCGUUGAUAGACAAAGAUCUCUCAAGAGACAACGAAUCAUCACUGAAUCUACCUACGACGGUAUCAUUUGGGGGUUCAGACGUUUGUUCUCCCUAGCCGUAUCUCCUUUCAAUCAUCCACCAGCUUCAGCUCGGCUUCCGCUACAAAACGGUCACAGGACCAUCCCUGAAAUGAGGGAGAUCUCCUCUUUGGACCAGCUGAAACCUCAUCCGGGAGGUACCCUGGCUUUGCUACAAGAGUCCGAGUCUCCUCCUGAAAAGUCCGAUGUCAUCGACUUGACUGGAGAAACCGACAGUGAGGACGACCGAUCAAGACAAACACAAGACGAAGCCGAUUCAUCCUCAUCUCAGGCUGGACCAAGUCGUCUACCCCCGUCCUCUACAUCCUCAGUCGGUUUCCCUACUUCCCAUGACACACCGGAGCUGUUCAACACCGGCUCCCUCUCACCAUCACGUCAGCGUCUCACGUCCACUUCUCGAAAACUGCCCCGUCGCCCCUCUCGUCCUAACCUCUCUUCGAAUGAACAUCCGUUCAGAAAGUAUGGUUGGUUGUCAAAUACUUCUGAGGAUCCAUUCAAGACGUCUUCCAACAAGUCGAAGGCGGUGGGCAAGAAGAGGGAUCAAGCCAAAGACGCACGAAAAGCAGUCCAGAACAGACUACAAGAUCUAGUGCAAGCUGGCUCACUGGAUGAGAAGCAGGGUCAGAGACUGGUGC